AUGGGGAACCACGCGGGGAAGCGGGAGAUCUUCACUGAGAAAGCCCAGAAGGAGGGUGAGGCCUCCAGAGGGGAGUCUGAGAAAAAGAGGAACCUCCGAGAACUCUCCCGGGAGCCCUCGGGGGACAGCGACGUGUUUGGAGAGGCAGAUGUGGGCCAGAACAAUGGGCCCCCCUCUUGGGACACAGCGGUGACAGACUCCAAGCGCACAGCGGACCCAAAGAAUGCCUGGCCGGACGCCAACCCAGCUGACCCCGGCGGCCGCCCCCACUUGAUCCGCCUCUUCUCCCGAGAUGCCCCGGGGAGGGAGGACAACACCUUCAAAGACAGGCCCUCGGAGUCAGACGAGCUCCAGACCAUCCAAGAGGACAGUGCAGCCGUUCCCGAGGGCCUGGAUGCAAUGGCGUCACAGAAAAGACCCUCCCAGAGGCACGGAUCCAAGUACCUGGCCUCCGCCAGCACCAUGGACCACGCCAAGCACGUCUUCCUCCCGAAGCACAGGGACACGGGCUUCUUCGACUCUCUGGGGCGCUUCUUUGGAGGUGACAGGGGUGUGCCCAAGCGGGGCUCGGGCAAGGAUGCACACCACGCAGCCAGAACCACCCACUACGGCUCCCUGCCCCAGAAGUCACAGCACGGCCGGCCCCAAGAUGAGAAUCGCGUAGUCCACUUCUUCAAAAACCUUGUGACGCCUCGCACACCUCCUCCAUCACAAGGAAAGGGGCGAGGAAAGUCCCUCAGCAGAUUCAGCUGGGGAGCCGAGGGGCAGAAGCCUGGAUUUGGCUACGGGAGCAGAGCUGCCGACUACAAAUCUGCUCACAAGGGGCUGAAGGGCCAGGACACCCAGAGCACACUUUCCAAAUUCUUCAAACUGGGGGGAAGAGACAGCCGCUCUGGAUCGCCCAUGGCUAGACGCUGA